CAGCUGUCGUAAUAUCAAGUGUCAACAAAACGAUAUCUAAAAUUUCAAAAUAAAUUAACCCGAAGAUUAUUUUGUGAUCAUUUUUAAUGUAUUUACAUAAAUCAUACUCCAUUUCAUAAUAUUAAGAUUAAAUUAUAUAGAUUUUAAAUAUUCGCUUUGACGUGUUUAAUAAAAUACCAAAAUGCAAAAGGAAAGAAAGUGGUUUAAACCGUUGUUUGAAUUUAAUGAUAGCUCACCGCCCAAAAAGACCAAAAAAAAUAAUCCUGAAAGAAAACCUUCCACUAAUGAGAAACAAUUAAAAGUGCCUAUUGCGAAUAUACCAUCCAAUAUAAAUGAUAAGAAUUGGAUAAAGAAUUUCGAUCCCAUAAAUGUAGAAGACUUAGCUGUUCAUAAUAAGAAAAUACAGGAAGUUAACGAGUGGCUUAAAACAACCUGUGUUAACAGUAACAAUGACAUGUUGUUUCUAUCAGGACCCGUGGGCAGUGGCAAAACUGCAACUAUACGCACAAUAGCUUCCAAGUACAAUAUAAAAAUUUCUGAAUGGAUUACACCUCUUGAUAUUGAGUAUCCUUCAGAGUUUGGAGAUUACGAAUUUAAGGAAUCACAAUCAAAAAAGUUUCUUGAUUUCAUAAUAAAUUCGGCAAAUUUCACAUCACUCCUGGACAACAAUAGCUGUAAAUUAGUACUUGUAGAAGAUUUUCCUAAUGCUUUUCUAAGGUCACCAUCAGAGUUUAUAGAUAUAUUGCAGCAGUACAAACAACGAGCAAAAUCACCUAUAGUAUUUAUUUGUUCAGACUCUCACACUGACAAUAAAAAUACGGCUUUUCAUCUGUUCUCUCCAAGUUUGAAAGAGCAAUUUAACAUUCAUCAAAUUAUGUUCAACAGUGUUUCAGUAACUGGGUUAAAAGCAGCCUUGAAAAGAGCAGCAGAUAUAAUUAGUAAAAAAUAUACUACUACAUACAAUGUACCAACAGUAGACCUAAUUGAGUCUGUUGUUAAUUCGUCUGGUGGUGAUAUUAGAUCAGCAAUAUUAAAUUUACAUUUCGCCUCUUUAAAAGGAUCGGUGGUCAACUUGGAAACCAGUAUUAUUAAAGAAAAGGAAGUUAAAAAUAAAACAAGUAGAAAAAAAAAUACAGCUUCCAACAAAUUUAUGUCCUUAGGAAAAGAUCAAACCGUGAGCAUAUUACAUGGUGUUGGAAGAGUACUGAAUCCUAAAGAAAUAUCUACACCUGAUGGCCGUAAAUCUUUAAGUCAUGCUCCGAAGGAUGUUAUUGAACAGUUCUUAAGCCAUCCAUCCUCAUUUAUUAAUUUUUUAGAAGAAAAUUACUUGCCACAUUUUUCAUGUAUCAAUGACGUUGAUAAGGCUGCUUCAACGCUCAGUGAAGGAGAUUGUAUGCUAGCUGAAUGGAGGGAAAAAAUAUGUCAAGAAUAUGGUUUAUAUACAGCAGUAGCUGGUCUAAUGAUAGCAAACAAGUCACCGGUAUCAGCUUGGAAUCCGGUGCGAGGACCAAAAAACAUGAGAAUACAGUAUCCAUCCCUCAAUGAAUUACCACUUUUAGAACCAAACUACCUGUAUAAGGGUAAAGUAAUUGUUACAGAUUAUUUGACAUAUACUAAAAUAAUUGGCAGUUAAAUUGUAUAAAAGUAUUUUCCCAUCCUGUAAGCGUACGGCUGUUCUGUUAUUGUAAUUAUUAAUUUCUUCAAUGUACAUCGAUUAUCUGUUUUUGUGUGAAA